AAUGGAAUAUGAAUCAAUCGGUAGUUAUUAUCGUGUGUCGUUCAGGCCUUUGUGUAAUCUUAUCUCAUCAAAAUAAUACAUUUAUGAAGAUAACAUGUGAUAAUACUUAGAGAUUGUGUUUAGUGUUUUGCACUUUACCAAACGGUGGAAAUAGUGUAAUUAUUAAUGAAAUUAAAACAUAAUUAUAAUAAAGUUCGUUUAAAAACGUCGGUGUCAAUGACAAUUAACAAUUUAAAGUAACACCUAUUAGAAAAACGUCAAACUCAUACAAUCACGAAACACAGUUCACAAAGUAAACACACGAAUAUUACAUAUUAAUUUAAAGCAAAAUGUCUUGCAACUAUGCUGAUGGUUUAUCUCCAUAUGAAUAUAAAGGGGAAGUUGGUAUGAAUGAAGUUUUUGAUACUCCUGAAGUUUUGAAACAAAAGAUUUCGCUUCUUGCUGAGUGGAUCAAAGAUUCAAAAUACACAGUUUUUCACACAGGUGCUGGUAUAAGUACAUCAGCGGGAAUACCAGAUUUCCGAGGACCAAAAGGAGUAUGGACUUUAGAAAAAGAAGGAAAGAAACCAGAAGUUAAUUUAGAUUUCAAUGAUGCUAAACCAACAGUUACACAUAUGGCAAUCAAAAGCUUGGUUAAAAAAGGUUAUGCAAAAUAUGUUGUCAGUCAGAAUAUAGAUGGUUUGCAUUUGAAGUCAGGAUUACUACGUCAACAUGUUUCUGAAGUUCAUGGAAAUAUGUUUACCAUGAGAUGUAACAAAUGCAGAAGGAGCUAUGUGAGCAAAACUGCUGUAAAAACAGUUGGACAGCGAUGCUUGGAUAUAAAAUGUUUCGGGAAAAAUAAGAAUGGUAAUCAAUGCCGAGGUAUUUUAUAUGAUACAAUAUUAGACUGGGAACAUCAAUUACCCACUGAAGAACUGGAGUUAUCGGAGUUACAUUCUAAAAUGGCUGAUUUAUGCAUUUGUCUUGGAACUUCAUUACAAAUUCAACCAAUCAAUCUGGUCCCAUUUAACGCGAAGAAAAACAAAGGAAAAGUUGUUAUUUGCAAUUUACAAAAAACCAACUGUGAUCGUAAAGCAGAUUUAGUUAUUCAUACAUAUGUAGACAAUUUGAUGAAGUCUCUAAUGGAUAUCCUUGGAGUAGAAAUUGACGAAUACGACGAUAUGAAAGAUCCAACAAACAUAAAUUCUGAAACCACUGAUUGGACAAUUUAUGAAAUAGAUUUAAAAAAAGUACGAGAAAUCAAAAGAAACACUACAAAAUCAAAAAAACGAAAAAAGUCUGAAGCCAAAUUUUCUAAUACGGAAUCAGAAACAGAAUUGCCUUGUAAUAAUCAAAUUCUUAAGCCAUCAAAAAUCUCUAAACUCAAUAAUAUUGAUAAUAUUAUAAAAUAAUAACAAAUUAAUUAGGUUCUAUAAUUAUAUUUAUAAUUUUUUUUAUUUAUAUAAUUCUUUUAAUACAUGUUCCGGUAACAAUUUCUUAAAAAAAUUUACAUUAAAAAUAUUUAACUUAUAAACAUGAUAUUAAUCUAGAUAUACAAUAUGAUACAGUUGUUGGAAAUAAUUUACUGUUUGUUUGCAUCACUAUGAUCAGGGGUGGGGGAGGGGGAAUUAUACUGUGAAUUGGCCAAAUCGAGUAACUAUAGUCUUGAUCCUACAGCGACAGUUUUCAACAAGCCUGGGCAUAAAU